UUUCUGGUUGCCAAUGUGAAGAUGUUGCGCUGUGGAGUUGAAGACAGAUGAGAAAUCACUGUCACGCUCCGAACGGGAAUAACGACGCUCUUAGUUGGAUAAAUACUGUUUCUUCAUCUGAUGUGGACAAUUUAGAGAAGUUUAAGAUGCAUACAACUCGCAGUCCAUCCGCAUCCGUCCAGACAGGGGCAGCUGGAGACGUUCUGGACCUCAGCCUGACCGGCUCUCAGCUCACAGUGGGCCGCAGACCUAGCAGCGCUUCAGCUGGAAAACACUUCUCUCGAUCCAUAUCUGUGUCUGUGACCAGUGAUGGCCGGGGGAAGCGGAACACUUUGAUUGAUGCUGGAUUGGGAAGCUCACGAGCAAUUAAGAAUCUGCGUCGGUCCAACAGCACCACACAGGUGAACCAGCAGGCCAACACAAGCCCCAGUGAAGGCCACACAGAAGACUUCCUAGCUCUGUUCAACAGUAGCUCUGAUGGACGUAGAAAACUGGCCAGCCUCUCCAAGACAUGCAAAGACCGUACUACCUGGAACAUCCUGGAUGACCAGCCGAGAGCAUUUCCUGUGCCCAGCAGCUCUCACAGUACCUGCAGUAUGGAUUCUCCUACAGGCAUUAAGAAGAGGGAAGCCGGCGUCUCUCUGGCUGCCAACUUCACUGCCAACAACAGGAGCAAUAAAGCUGCUGUGGGAAACUCUGUGACCACCAUCCUCCAUAAUAACCACUCAGAGAAACCCCUCACUCCCAAGAGCUCCAAUCAGAAACCCUCCUUCAAUAACAUAAUCAAAGCCACCGUAAAUGAUGAUGUGACUCUGGAUGUGAGCUGUUCUCUUACUAAGUCUCAGAAGAACUUCUCCUCCGCGUCAUCAAGCUCCAACAACAAUGCCCCCCUUAGCCCCCGAAGCCCAGGUCAGCCACGCAGACGAGAGGUGACGGAAGAGGAGGCCGAAAGGUAUAUUCAGCAGGUGAACCAUGCUGCUAUUACCAUCCAGCGUUGGUAUCGUCGCCAAGCCAACAGAAAGAGAGCCAAUGAGAAUUCAAUCAAACACCUUCUCGCAUCCAAAAAGAAGGAGAGGGAGCAGAGAGCAGAGGAGGAGAAAACCACUGAAUCACUGAAGAAGAAAGAAGAUGAUCGAAAGCGCAUCAGGGAAGAGAAAGCUCGUCUGGCUCGGCUUACCGCCAUACAGGAGCUUCAACAGAAAAGAGCCCAACGUGCUGCAGAGGUACAGCAGAUCGCAGAGGAGGAGGUAGAGGCACUAAGACAUGCUGGGAAAGUGGGGCGUAAAAAGCUCACCAAGAGUUCACCCACUUCUCCCACUAACGUCAAGGCUAAGAACACAGAUUCUAAUGUCAACGUGGUGGCUGAUCUGGAUGAUGUGACUAAUCUAAGGGCUGCGUCACCCGCAGGUUCUAUAUGCAGAGGAUCUCCGUGUUCUCAGGAGAUCCUCCAGAGGUCUGUGAGCAUGGAGGAUCAGCGGCAGGGGGCAUCAUCGAGCAGGGCACAGUCAAAAACCACUCUAAAUGACUUGCUGGACACACUGAAGCUCUUAGAGGAGGAACCAGAGAGACUAUCAGAGCCCAAGAGCUACAGGAAGGACAAGUAUUCAUGGAUUGAUGAGGAUGGAGACUCCAACUCCCUGACAACAGAUAAUGUGGAAAGGCACCGGCAGCUGAGUCAGACUCCAGCUCUACCAGAUGGGGGCGCUCUGCUUUCAGAAGCCAAACUGCAGAGCAUUAUGAGCUUCCUGGAUGAGAUGGAGAAGUCAGAGCAGGAGAGACCACGCUCAGUCACUUCUGGAUCACAUAGAGAGGUGGUGUUGUCAGAAGAAGAUCUAGCAGUUGUGGAACAAGCCUCAGCCACAGCUGCUGAGGUCACCGGCUCUAUGAUGAGACUCAAACUGGAGCUGGAUGAGAAAAAACGCACAGUCAAUAUGCUACAGACAGCACUGACCCAGCAGAGGGAGCUGACGAUCCGGCAUGUGAAGGAGACUGAGAAAGAGCUCAAUCAUACGUUCCAGUUACAGAAGCAGCAGUAUGAAGCUACAAUACAGAGACACUUGACGUUUAUAGACCAGCUGAUUGAUGAUAAAAAGGCCCUGAGCGAACGCUGUGAGGAAGUAGUGGGAGAACUCAAGCAGGUGGAUCAGAAAUACACUAAGAAGAUCGCUCAGAUGCAGGAGCAACAUGAGAUGGUGUGGCAAAUUCUGGGUCCCAUGUGUGAGGAGAUUAAGAAGCUGAAAGAGUUAAUGAGUGCCACGGAAAAGAUCCGCCGGGAGAAGUGGAUUGAUGAGAAGACCAAAAAGAUCAAGGAGAUCACUGUAAAAGGUCUGGAGCCAGAGAUUCAGAAGCUCAUCUCCAAACACAAGCAGGAGCUGAAAAAACUCAGAGUUCUUCAUGAGGCAGAGCUGCUUCAGGCAGACGAGAGGGCCGCCCAACGUUACGUCAGGCAGACCGAGGAAUUACGACAGCAGUUGGAGAGAGAAAGAGAUGAACAGUGCCAGAGAGACAGAGAACUGGCCAAGCAGAGGUUUGAGAAACAGCUGCAGGAAGAGGAGAACUCGCUGCAGCAGCAGAGGAGACGUCUGUAUAAAGAAGUGUCAGAGGAGAAAGAGCGAAUCACACAGCUGGCAGCCAGGCAGCAUGCUGAGUUGGAGGACUUAAGGAAGCAGUUGGAAGAGAACAGCUCUUUGGCAGCAAGAGCACUGAGAGAAGAGCUGGAGAAGAGCAGAGAAGAGCAGGAGAGACGACACCAGGUUGAAAUAAAGGCCCUGAAGGAAAGACUUGAGAUUGAGAAACAGACAUGGGAAGAAAAUUAUAUGAAAAAAGAGGAAGCAUGGCUGCUGAGCAGAGAAAGGGAGCUUAAAGAGGAAGUGCGUCGAGGGAGAGACAAAGAGAUCGAGCUGGCCAUUCAGAGACUAGAGGAGGAGACCAGAGGGGCAAGAGAGGAGUGUGAGAGAGCGUCUGACAACCGGAUAAAGCGUUUAAGGGAGAAAUACGAGGCCGAGCUCAGAGAUCUGGAGCAUUCGGAGCGGGCAGCAUUGCAGAAACAGCAGGAGAUGAGAGAGAAACACAGUGAGAUGGAGGCAGAGCUCCUCCGGCUGCAGUCGCUUUUACGACAACGAGAGCAGGAAAUAAACAACCUCACCCAGGCCCGUGACAAGUUAUCAGAUGAGCGCCGCAGUCUAGCAGAAGUGAUCAGACAAGAGUUUGCAGAACGGCUUGUAGAGACAGAGGAAGAGAACAGGAGGAUGAAGAUGGAGGUCUCUGAGGCCAAGGCACGACUCCGUUUAGAAGUGGAGCGAGUGACAAGAGAGAAAGAAGAAGAGCUUGCAGAGGUGCAUCAAAGAGUGAAGUCCGCUAUUUUGAAGAAGGAAGAGACUGUUAAUAACUUGCGCAAGCAGCAUGAGGCUGCAGUGAAGAGAGCAGAUCAUCUCGAGUCUUUGUUGGAACAGCAGAGAAAACAGCUGUUAGGGAAAUGAUUGACAAGUUAGGGCAUUGAAAUCCCCCACAGCCCCUUCCCUUCUGUCCUCCUGCACAAAGAAACUUUCUCUUUGUUUUUGUUUCGUUUUUUUUUUUUUUUUUGUCAGGUUUCUAUUUUAUUUCUUUUGGUUGUUUGGAUGAACUGAUGGAUUCUGGAUGGACGUUUUGGUUCCACCAGACUUCUCAUCCAGAAAGGCGGCCUUUGGCAUUCCCAUGGGAACAAGGCAAGAAGGGAGAGGAAUGAAGAAAUGAGAGAGGAAUUUAAUCUUCUCCAAGAUUCUUGGGGAGGCUUUUGUGGGUCUCUCUUUCACGGAUAUGACCAAAUUACAGACUCCUUUCAGCCACCGGUUUCACACAGCCAAAUGAGUUUAAGCAUAGAAAAAGAAAACACAAUUUCCUCACUAGAGUUUAGAUCUAGUAUGUUGUUGAAUCUUAUAAAACCUCGCCCCAUAAACUUGUGCAUAUUUCACCCCAGAAUCAAAAUAUACAAGUAAGAAAUGUCUUUGAAAAUUAAAUUAAGUUCAUUAAGCAAAAAUAAACCGUUUCUAUAUUGCCAAAAUAUAUAUAUUAUUUAAGCUGUAAAGUAUUUAUACAACUUUUAAUUUAUGCUUGUAUUAUAGUCAUUUUUAAUAAAAAUGGAAAUCUGAUCACAACUGAGAUUAAUGGGAGUCGCAAAACCUUCAAAUGUCAAACAAUAAUGACCGUUUGCAUUGUGUGCAAAAUGUGAUAAAUUGUCUUGGAAACUGACACAAUGCAAAAUGGUCCUAAAAUAAACUUCAUUUUCUUUAUGCAAAAUAGCAUUUUUUACAUUUCAUAUUUUGAUUUGGGGGUAAAAUCUGCAUGCUUUCGUGAGAUUCUUCCAAGAAGUGGAAAGCCCCUUCUGCUGGGCACAAAGGCAUUCACAGUAAACUGCUCCAGAUGUUUCUGUAACUGCAUACCCUCUUCCCGUCUCUCUCCAGCACUGGAAUAAGGGAAAUGGGUGGAGAUUACAGUGGACAGGAGACGUGGGAGAGGCAAAGGCUAUAAAAUCCAGCAGAGAAGUUAACCCUUUACAUUAAAGAGGAGAGGCUUAACCCCCCCACCAACAAAAACAUCCCUACUCCCCCUGCCUUUUGUGUGGUGCAUACAGAUGCCUUUUGUCCCGAUACCCCUCUGGGCUAUCUCUAAAUUACAGGAGAUGUCCCAGAAGCCCCCAGGACAUCAAAACAUGCUCACACAGAGCCCUCAGUGAGGCCCAGUUCUAGUUUAGACAUCAGAGAAAUGAUGGCAGCACAGCUAGAAGAUAGAGAUUUUAGAAGGUUUGUUGACAGUAAAGCAGUAGAUGGUGAAGAGAAGUAUGGAGUGUCUCUUUAGAUUGAUAGGGACUGACAGUAGAUUGAGCAGCUCUCACAGAGGUAUGAUGUGCAGCUGAUUUGCACAAACCGAGGUGAGAGAUCUGGUUGAGGUUGAGUUGAGAUGGAUGUAGAAAGUUGGGUAGAUAAAAAUAUCAGAUGGACAGAAAAUUAAGAGAAUGACAGCGUUUAUGAUUAGGAAAAGUAGAGCUAGGUACAACAGGAUGUGAUACACAGUGACUGAUUAACCAAGUAGGAUGUUCCUGAAUCAACAGACACAGUUCCCACAUUCAUGGAAUUUUAAAAUUGUGUUUUCCAGGCCUAGAAGAGUCAUAGAAAUGAAUAAAAUCUGAAAAGUAAUGGAAAACAUAGUUAAUAUAUACUUUUUUGUCUACAUAAGAACGAAAUAUUUUAGUGGCUUGCAAGCAAUGUUAACUAAAAUUAUUUUCAUUCAUUGAAAUAAAAAUGAAAUCUAAAUAUUAAAUAGGAAACUUAAAUUUAAAAAUCUAAAUGAGAAUUACAAAAACUGAAAUUACAAAAAAAAAAAAAAUUCAAAAAUAAAAGCUAAAAAAACCAACAUUACUAUAAAUAAAUAAAAUAUAUAUAAAAUUAUUUUUAAUUUCACACAUUGGUCUGGAUGAUUAAUUAAUGGCUUUUUAGUCUGAAUCUAAAUUAUUUAAAAAUAAUAAUAAUAAAUAAAUCCCAAUCCAAGAAUCUCAAACAACUGGAAAGAUCAUUGAAAAGUCAUGGGAAUUCAUUGAAGGUGAAAACCCAGAACAUCUUGGAACAGCGCCAGCCAAUUGGAUUUUAGGGUUUAAUAGCAUUAUUAAUAACAUUAACAUUAAAACCCAUUUUAUCAACAUAUAUUUUCCCAUUGAAUUUAGCUGUAGUCCAUUGUUUGGAAAUUACUUUUACUUUACAUGAAUGUUGUUCUAGCAUUAACACCAAGAUGUUGAUCCAGGAACCUCCUUCUUGGUAAAAUUACUGUGAGCCCGGGGAGAUGUAGCAUGACUGGUAUUGGUUCAGUGGUUUAAACACAAAAAAAAAAAAAAAGCCCUCCAAUCUCUCUCGUUCUCUCUCCGCAUUGUAUACCAAGCGGUCUGCCUAAGAGGAACAGAGACAUUUCAACAUGCAAUUCAACAGGAGUUGGGGUGGCAGGGUGGGGGAGGUGCUUCAAAACUCUCACAAGUCUCCAUUGUUUCUUGUUACGAAGUCCCUACAUUUUUCUUCCUUUCAUUUUUUGCAAAACCUUUGGUUUUAUUAGGAGAUUUUUCUAAAGCCUUUCAAGUGAACAAUAAUUGCACAGGCCAGAAAAGCAGUGAAUGUUAGGUCUGUUAUCUUAGGAAAGUUUGACCCAGAUGGUUAAUCUGAUUGGGCAACUUUAGGUUUUGUAAUCAAAGAGAACUUCCUUAUAAAAACAUCUCUAUCUACAAAACUAGUCUUUUGUUAGGGAAGUCGAUUUACUUGCCAAUCUAAAUUGCAUAUCAAAAGUUGACGGUGACCAACUUCCCAAUGUGAAACUGCUUUCUUGUACCAUUUUUUUUUUUGAUGGAUUUUGUAUAUCAGAUUCUUCCUGAUGUGUGAAGCUGUUUAGUGAACACAGCCACAUCGAAAAGGUCAGAAUGAAAAGUGCCUCAUUCCCGUUCUCUAAUGAGAGGAUCAGGUGUCUCAUUUCAGGACAGAGAGGGAACGCCAGAGUGAGCUCAAACUGUCCUCACUAGCAGAAUACAGCAGACUCUGCAGUGCGGCUCAAGCGUAAAUACUGAGAUUUCUCUGAGGCAUAAUUCUCUGAGUCACCUGUUGACAUCACAUUUUAAUGUGUGCGUGUGUGUCCAAGGUCGGUUGGAUGAGUUCUAUCAGAACCCCAGUGUGAGGUUCAAAAUGUUGGAACAUUCUGAGAAUGUUUCAGAUGCAUUUCAUGAAGGUUAGAAGUCCAUUUUGGCAGCAGAUGCAGGUCUUUGGCUGUCUUUCACCUUCGGAUGGCAGCGUGGUUGGCAUGGCCAGAGUUUCUCAGUCCCACUCGUGCCAAUGAACCAUUCUUUUGUGAGUGUAGUGUUUAAUAGCCAAGCGCCGGUCGCCAUUUUACUGGCCUUUUGUAACUGCGGUCUGAAAAAAAAAAAGAAAACACUACUUUUAUUAUCUUAAUUAAUGUCUGAGAUCAUUUCCCCUUUCCCUCUUCAUGGUUUUAAUAAGGUUUUGUUUUUUGCAUGUCUAAGUGUUUAAGUAAUUUAAAUGUGCCCUUUAACGUGUAGCUCUUAAUUUGAUUAUUUUACCCACAUCCUGUAUUUUGGUCUGAGUUUAAUAGCUGUGUUUUUGAAAAAUGAAGAAAAGAAUCUCUGCAGUACGAAAAUAAAUCUUGAAAAUGA